UUUGGAGUACAAGACAAUAUUCUUUUCUUCUUUUUGUUGACUUGACAAUCUACAACACUGAGCCGCUCUCUCUCUUCUCUUCGCGACACUGCAAUUGCUCUCUCUCUCCCUACCCUGAUUUUGUAAUCACAAAUGGACAGAAACAGAGACGACCGCUACGACAACAACUCAGAUUCACGCCACCUCGGGCCCUCUAGAGCCCCUCUUCGCUCCUCCACCGAUGCCCCCAUCAACCACCGCCGCCGCCGUAGCCCUGACCACCACCACCACCAUCCUCGUCCUUUCGAAAGCCCUCCCUCCGGCGGCAAUGGUGGAGGAUUCCGUCCAACAGGUGGUGGCGGGUUUAAUUCCAAUCACCAAAUUCCUCUCUCUGGCCAGAAACGAGGGUUCCCCUUCUCUGCCCGAGGUGCCUCUCCAGAUCGUUCUGAUGUUGGCAAUUUUGCCAAACUUUUUGUUGGAUCCGUUCCAAGGACAGCCACUGAAGAAGAUAUUCGUCCCUUGUUUGAGGAACAUGGCCAUGUUUUAGAGGUUGCAUUAAUCAAAGACAAGAGAACAGGGCAGCAACAAGGAUGUUGUUUUGUAAAAUACACUACUUCUGAAGAAGCUGACAGGGCAAUGAGUGCUUUACACAACCAACACACCUUGCCUGGGGGAGUGGGUCCUAUCCAAGUAAGAUAUGCUGAUGGGGAAAGGGAACGUCUGGGUGCAGUUGAGUACAAGUUGUUUGUCGGCGCAUUGAACAAACAAGCUACAGAAAAGGAAGUUGAGGAAAUUUUUUCACCUUAUGGUCGAGUUGAAGAGGUCUAUCUUAUGCGUGAUGAAAUGAAGCAGAGCCGUGGGUGUGGAUUUGUUAAAUAUUUUCAUAGAGAAAUGGCGAUGGCAGCUAUUAAUGCGCUUAAUGGAAUAUAUACAAUGAAAGGGUGUGAUCAACCAUUAAUUGUUCGGUUUGCUGAUCCUAAGAGGCCUAGAGCUGGAGACCCAAGGGCUAGUCCUGCAUUUGGGGGUCCAGGUUUUGGUCCACGGUUCCCACCACCAGAAGAUCGACCAACACCAAAUCUUGGUGAGCCUAUGCAUGGUCACAAACCAUCCGAUUCUUGGCAUUUCAUGAGUCCUCUAAAUAUGGGGCCAUUUUCAAACCCUGGUGUACAAGGUUUUGGGAGCCAGUUUCUUCCUCGGUCUGGGGAUAUGGCAAUGCCUUCUACUCUGGGUGGUCCUCUUGGCGUACAUGAUGGCUCUGCAGAUGUUGUGCUUUCUGGACGUGCAGUUUCAUCUUCUACAUCACAGCAGAGCUUUGACCAGUCUUUGCCACAAGUUCCCUCAAUUGGGCAGCAGCAAAUAUCACAAUUGCAAAGGCCACUUCAAUCACCACAAGAGUUACAAUCUUACAUGCAAACACAGAUGCCACUCCAGCAACAUGGUCAACUACAAAUUCCUCAGUCUGCGGGUCAAACCCCCUUCAGUCAUGCAUUGCUUGGUUUGGGUGGACAGUUAUUUGUUUCUCAGCCUCAGGUCCAGCAGAAUGCCUCAUCUGCACAACAAACCCCAAUGAAUACUAACUUACAUCCACAUCAUCCAUCUGCCGCAGCAAAUGAACAGCAGCUUCCACUCCAACAAUCAGCUUCUCAGUUUGCUCAGAUGCUGUCACAACAGAAGCAAACACUACAGGCAAGCUUUCAUUCAUCUCAGCAGGCUUUCUCUGAGCUUCAACAACAAUUUCAGUUGAUUCAACCUUCAAAUCAAAAUCUGAUGUCACAUCAGUUUUCUCAGGCUACCAAACAGCAGUAUCCGUGGGCUGGGAUAGUACCACAGACAGUUGCCAGCAUGCCUGCUAUCACUUCCGUGGCAGAUGUGCCUCCUGCCACAUCGUCUGCUCCGGUUCUUCCUGUAAUACCACAGGCUGUUGCUCCUGUAAAAUGUAAUUGGACAGAACACACUUCUCCUGAUGGAUUCAAGUACUAUUAUAAUAGCUCAACUGGUCAAAGCACAUGGGAGAAACCAGAGGAAUUGGCAUUAUUUGAACAACAGCAAAAACAAUCUGUUCAACAGCCUCAAACCCAGUCUCACCCUCAGAGGAUCUCUACACAGCAAGUUCCUCAGACACAGCAAUUUCAACUCCAAACACAAGUUCAAACACAGGCCCACCAUCCGCAGCAGUUGCAACAAAGUUCUUUACCAUCAUCAUAUCAGGCUUCAGGAGUCACAGGUCACCAAAAUAUUCAGGAACAACUUGGUUAUACACAGUUGCAGAUGGCAGCUGGUUCUGUCAAUGAUCCCGCACGCUUCCAACAAGGGCUUCAGGCUGCUCAGGAUUGGAUGUGGAAGAAUACGUCUUCAGGAACUUGACGCGGGUUGAUUAGAAGUUUUAAGGUGAAUUGCCAAAAAGUCCGGUUGGAUGAUGCUCUGCCCAUAAUUAGAACUGGAAGCCGACUCUUGUAGCUCCAAGGCCGAUGGUAUGCUUGCAUCACUGAAUAUUGUGUAAUAGAAAUUAAUUUUUCCCCUCACGUUUCUCUACGUAACUGGGUUUUACUGUGUCACAGUUAUCGGCUCAACUAAUAAAAUUUUGGGAGCCAUUACUGCAAUAUGUCUUAGCAUGCCAUUAGUAAGUAAUGCCAUCGUCAGAUAUUAAAUCUACGUGCAGAUGUAAAUUUAUCGUGAAACCGUGUUCUCAUGCAUCGUUUGGUGUGGAAGUGAUUCAGAUUAUUUGAGGGUAUUUUUGUGCUCGUAACUUGGUUGAAGUGUAAUAAUCUUAUGUAUGUAGUGCAUGCGACCCUGUCUCUCUAGAUAACAUUAUAUUAGAUA